UCUAUCAGUCCAUCUUAUUUAACUCCACUCGUACAUAACAAGACAUCGAAUACAUCUUCAUUCCUCAUAUCUCAAGCCCCCUAGAUCACCGGAUCUCCAAGCUUGCAAUGUGAUCGGAGCUAUCAAUGACCGCCCACACCCGGUCGUAGCUUCAGUCCAUUGAGCUUCUAGUGUGAUAUUGAUCUACUCACCCCAGGCUGGCCCUCUCUCCACCUACAGCCUGAAUCCUCGCAAUGCUCCGUCACGUCACAGUAUCAGGAGUUCGAGCCACGCGGGCGUCGAACUCCACGUCUCUCUCCCCCGGAAGUAGCGGUCUAGCCGGUCGAACCACCACCACCUCGACACGCCCAGCUAGGAGCACCGCCCAGGUCCGCGCGUUCUGGGACCACUCGCACCGGAGAUACAGACACACAGAGGAAUGGGAGCGGAAGCGAACGGAGAGGUACCGACGUCUCUACCAGCUGAAGAUGCGCAGGGCAGGACAACCUCCACCCCCGAAGCACCCGUCAGUCAUGUUCAACCAGCACAUCCCGUGGUGGAUUCCUGGGUGGGGGUGGGGUCGUUUCAAAUCCGGAUUUUCGGAGUCGGAAUCGGGGUCGGGGGCCGGACGAAACCCUCACAAGGUCUUCUGGGAAUCCAACCCUCACAAAAGCUUCUGGGAGACGGAGAGCGCCCGCGCGAAGGAGCGCAUGGAACAGUUCAGGAGGGAGAUCGAUGCUGACCCACAUGCGGCCCUGUUUGGGAGCAGGCUAGUUCGCCCCGGUGCCCCCGGUACAUACGACAAUUGGUUCACUGAUCUUUGUCGCACGUUUCUUGGCCUUGGGUCCACUGCGGAGUCGAAGCCUGUUGAUACGACGGCGAGUUCCCGUACGUCUCCGCCGCCUCCGCCGCCUCCGCCGCGUACCGGUGAUGAACGCAUGUCGGAUUCAGAGGGGUCCAGUGGUGUGAAUGCGUUUACUGAAAGUGCAAGGGUUGCUGAAAAGAAUGAUAUGGAAUUCGACCCCAUCAUUGGCCGCAUGGUCCCGAAAUCGAAACAGUCUUCUGAUGUGAUUGAAGAAAACGAGCAGGCUGAAGAUACCGCGCGGAGAAAACCGCAGCGCAAUGGAUCUCGAUCUCACACUGGGAAGGCUGGCUUUCUUUCCUCGGUGGAUUCUCCGCCACGAAGGUCAGAACCACAAGAGUCAUUGAAGGACUUAAACGCCAGCCACGGUGCACUGUAUGGGGAUCAUCAAGAGCCACGUGAUUUCAAGCAAACACGGGUACAUAAAUCGCGGGGGCCACUGGACACUACGGCCCGAGAACAACGCCCAGAUGCUACGACCCAGUCGAUCGGCCCCGAGGCUAGUCCGCCGCGGGAAAAUGUGGCAUCUUCAGGACUGGACGCCAAAGACACGGGGAAAGAUACUCAAGAGCCGCAGAGGCAAACCGAGAGCAAUGGAUAUCUGAAUAGUGCACCCAAUAGUGAAGCUCUGGGUGGAGCACCUCACUCCACAACCAACAUAUAUCAGGCACCUAAAAGUUUUGUAAUAGAUGACUCCCCCGACCAUCUGGAGCCCAUGUUAAAAGAGAGGCAAGAAGAUCUGGAUAUAUUGACUGCCAACGAUAUUCGUGCUUCUUACGAAGGGAAGCACUUCGAGGGAGACUUGGAAUCGCGAAAGCAAGCACGCAAGCACAUGGAAGAUAGCUUUGACUCCUAUGUCGACCCAGCUAGCGAGGUUGAUCACCAAAGUUUGCGGCAAAAGUAUCAACGGACUGAAGAGACCGGGCCCGCGAGAGAAGCAUCCAGCGGUGCCAGCUCCGACGAACUGAGCCAACCCGAAGCAUCAACUGAACAGAUCCUCGGAGAGCAGAAUGUGUCGGACAACACCUCACCGGAUACUUACCUCGUCCUUGCAUAUGACCCUUCGACCCGCCGAAUUCAGGAAGCCGAGACAAGCUCGUCCCUCCACUCAACAGAUGGUGCUCUCCACCCCACCAAAGUCCUCCGUCGCCUACACCACCCGGCCAAGUUCCUGCCAUACUUCGCGCAGAUGCACCAUGGAGGUUACGAGAUCGUGUCUGGUGGCGGGGAUAUCCUCGUGUUUCGAAAGACCCGAGAGGCGGGGGAGUACGGCAGUGCCCAAUUCCAAGAUGACCUGCAGCGACCCAACCCCUAUGUCCGACAUGAUGAAGAUCUCUACGAGCCUGCGCCUUCGACGGAGUCAGCAUCCACCACUCCGCCGGCGCACGACACGGCUUCCGACGAUGCUCCCGACGAUGCUCCCUCCGCAUUCGACAAAGAUACGCCCGAAUCAACAGAACCGCCGAAAGCGCGGUCGAGAUUCGGGUCCGCACUCCGUCGGAUGUUCAUCAGUGGCGCCGCCACGGCUGCGACCUGCUACGCUAUCGGCGUUGUGGUUGAGUUUCUUCGUACAGGCGGCGAAGACGGACGAGGGUUCGAUGCAUUUACUGAGUUUGAGUCUGAGAGGCGUCAGAGGGAGCGCAGUUCAUAACAAUUUGCAUGCUUUAUCAUUCUCGGAAUUGGUGAUAUAUCGGCCUUUUUCUGUACGUAAAAUCUAGCUGGAUCUGGUUUAUCUCUUUGCGAUUUGCAAUAUGAUUCAUUCAUUUAU